UACGGAUUCGUCAAUUACGCCAUCGAGCUCCUCGUGCUUCGCAACUUCGGCAAGGAAAUAUGGGAAAAAAUCAAGAAGGAGGCUGGUGUGAACAUUGAGGGACAUUUUCUUGCUCGACAGGUCUACGACGAUAGCAUCACAUACGACAUUGUGGCUGCGGCCGAGAAGGUCCUCGGGGUCCCGGCCGCAGCCAUCUUGGAGAUGUUCGGGAAGAUGUUCCUGGACUUCUGUCAAGAUUCUGGCUACGACAGGAUCCUUCGAGUACUCGGAGCCACAACAAAGGACUUCUUACAGAACCUGGAUGCGCUACACGACCACUUGGGGACAAUCUACCCCGGGAUGCGAGCACCCUCGUUCCGGUGCACCGAGGGCACCGAGGACGGCACCACGGUGCUCCAUUACUAUUCGGAUCGAGACGGACUGGAAUCGAUCGUGAUCGGGAUCGUGAAGGCCGUCGCCUCCAAGCUCCACGAACGGGAAGUGGAGGUAGAAUUGUGGAAGAGGAGGGAGGAAUGCGGGCACAUCCAAUUCCUCAUCCGAGAGAAGCGAAUCGGCUGCGAGGCUGCAAAUCAGUUGAGGCGGGGGGCAGAGGAACAUCUCGCUCAUCCCACUGGUAGGAUGCAAGAUAUACAAUCGAUGGUGAGCCCAGGGACGUUCUGCCGUCUGUUUCCGUUUCAUGUGAUGUUCGAUCGAGAGAUGAAGGUGGUCCAAGCCGGUUCUUCUAUCGCCAGGGUCCUUCCCGUCCUCGAAGAGGCCAACACAAAAAUUUCCUCCGUUUUGCAUAUGAUUCGACCCCAGAUGGAGUUCACGUUUGAAAACGUUCUGUCCCACAUCAACACGGUAUUCGUGCUCCAGUCCCGUCUCAGCCUGGUGACCUAUGAUGACCUGCGCGCCGCAGAACUGGGCGAUCAUUUUACCAAGAUCCGAUUCAAGGACCUGGUGCUUCGUUCGGAGAACUUCCAAGCCGAGUACAAGCUCACGAGGGAUCUAGAGGUCCUCACCGACAAACUCCAGCAAACUUAUCGGGAUCUCGAGUCCGAGAAGAAGAAAACCGACAGGUUGCUCUAUUCCGUGCUCCCGGCAUCGGUGGCGAACGAGCUGCGACACGGGAGGCCGGUGGCCGCCCGGCGAUACCACCCCGUCACCCUAUUGUUCUCGGGGAUCGUCAACUUCAACGAGAUCUGCGCGGAGAAUUCGGAUUCCACGGGAGCUAUGACCAUCGUCCGCCUCCUCAACGAUCUCUAUACCGCCAUCGACGCCCUCGCUGAUCCCAACCGAAAUCCGAAGAUCUACAAGGUGGAGACAGUGGGAGACAAGUACAUGGCAGUGAGUGGGUUGCCAGAGCCGUGCGAGGAUCAUGCCCGUUGCAUCGCCCGACUGGCCCUGGACAUCAUGGAUAUUUCCUCCGACAUCUCCGUUCAUCAACGACAAAUGGAAUUGAGGAUCGGGAUCCACUCGGGCGAGGUGAUGACCGGGGUGAUCGGGCAACGGAUGCCAAGAUACUGCCUCUUUGGCAACACUGUCAACCUCACCAGCCGCACCGAGACUACCGGCCAACCCGGCAAGAUCAACGUCUCACAGGACGCUUUCGCGUAUCUCCAAGAUUCUAGCAACUACGACCCUGAAUUCCAGCUAGAAUACAGAGGACCAAUACAAAUGAAGGGAAAGACAGAGCCCAUGAAAACUUGGUUCCUCUCCAGGAAGCAGCUUCAGGGGGCCCUCAAAUAACUACAUGC